AUGUUAUUAUCAUUAUUUUGCACAAUUGCAAGAAAAUAUAGAAUACUUUGUUUAGGAUUUACGAUUCUAUUAUGUUUAUCAAGCAUUUUAUUAUUAUUUGCACUUACAAAUUCAAAUAAUUCACUUUGGCUUUCAUGGCCUGAUCAAUUAUAUUCAGGAUCCAAAUCGUCAAAUAUUAAUAUAGAUCAAAACAUAAGCUCUUCUUUAAAUACUAACAAUUCUUCAUAUAAUAUUACCUCUGAAACUGAAUCACUUAUCCCAUCUACAACAUCGAUACCAUCCGUAUUAUUAAUACCAUCUGUAACAUCGAUAUCAUCAUCGACACCAACGCAUCAACUUCAAACUCCGACACAAAAUCAAAGAUUAUUCAACCUUAUUCUCCGAAAUGAAACGAGAUCACCAGAUGGAUACAUAAGAUCAGUUCUUACAAUAAACAAUGAAUUUCCAGGUCCAACUAUUAUAGUAAAUAAAGGUGAUAGAGUAAGAAUAAAUGUUACGAAUUUAUUAGGUACCCCAACGAGUUUACACGUUCAUGGGAUCGAAAAUAUUAAUCCGUUUAUGGAUGGAGUUCCUUUUAUUAGUCAGUGUCCAAUUGAGAAUGGUUCCAGCUUUAUUUAUACAUUUGAUGCACUUAAAAGUGGAACUUACUGUUAUUCAUCUUUUGAAACGCAACGAAUUGACGGUUUAUACGGUGCAUUCAUUAUAAAAGAUCAGAAUGAUCAAACAUUAUUCGAUUAUCAAAAAGAAAAUUAUAUUCUUUUAUCUGAUUGGUAUCAUAAAGAAGGUUCAGAACUGUUGAAUUUUUAUCAAUUUGAUAGUGACAAUUCUUCCAUGAUCGAGCCAGUUCCGAAAAAUACAAUAAUAAAUGGAAAAGGUGUAUUUAAUUGUAAAAAUUAUAAAUCCAAUGAUCCUAUGAGAAAAAAUUGUUAUUUGGAUCUUGGAUCUAUUGAAUUCUUUUAUUUUGAACCUAAUAAAAAGUAUCGACUUAGAAUCAUAAAUACCAGUGCUAUGACUUCAUUUUUCUUUUCAAUUGAUGGUCAUACUCUUCAAAUAGUAGAGGUCGAAGGAACGUUAACGAAACUCUCAAAGCCUUAUCAUCGUAUUCCAAUUCAUGUGGCACAAAGAUAUUCAGUAGUUCCAACUCGAUUACCUAAAUUUAUGAGCACAACAAAUUUUUUGAUUAGAGGUGAAAUCAACAAAAAUUCAUUUCAAUCCUCUGCUUUAGAUACUGAACAACUUACAAAUGUAAUAGCUAUUUUGAGAUAUGAUACAGAAGAUCUUGAUUAUCCUACAACUUUUUCUUGGAGUUAUUAUAAUAAUAGAUAUUAUGGUAAAAUGAAAAACUUUAAAUUGAAAGACAUGGAUUCAUUGGAAUUGGAACCUUUAAUUGAAGAAGAGAUUCCUUCAUCUACUAAUUUAUAUGAAAUGACAAUGGUUAUAUCUCGAUUCCAUAAUGUUACCAAUAAUGUUACCGAUAAUAUUACAAAUAAUAUUACGAAUAAUCUUGCGAAUAAUAUUACGAAUAAUCUUGCGAAUAAUAUUACGAAUAAUAAUAUUACGAAUAAUCUUACGAAUAAUCUUACGAAUAACCUUACGAAUAAUCUUACGAAUAAUCUUACGAAUAACCUUACGAAUAAUCUUACGAAUAAUCUUGCGAAUAAUAUUACGAAUAAGACUAAUCAAAACAUUAAUAUAUAUAAUCAAGAUGGUUUAAUUGAUGGUGCUAUAUAUUCAUCAAUUUGUUCAAAGACCAGAGGGAAUUAUGUUUAUCAACCAAAUAAAACCACAUCAACCAUUAAAGAAGUUUUAGAAGGGAGUAUAAAAAAGUUUGAUCAUCAUUGGAACGUUUAUGUAUUUAAAAAGAAUAAUGUUAUUGAUCUUCUUUUAAAAAAUAAUCAUACGAUUGAACUAGUAUUCUAUCUGCAUGGUCAUAAUUUUUGGGUUCUUGAUAGAGGAAAUGAAUCCACUCCUUAUAACAAUGAAAGUUUAUCAAAUACUACUAACCCUAUAAAACGAGAUACUGUGACUGUACCAGCCUUAGGGUGGACACUGGUUAGAACAAGCAUUAAUAAUCCUGGAAUUUGGGCUUUUGAAAAUCCAAUAAUGUGGCACUUAAGAACAGGAAUGAUGGGUCAAAUUGUUGAAUUACCAUCAAAUCUCAAACAAUUAAUUCCGCCUACAGAAUGGUGUAAUUUGUGUGAAGAUUAUAAAUUGGAUAUUUGUGAUAACGAAACCUUAUAG